AUGGGGCCCCCGGGCAAUAGGGGAUCAUGGGGCCCCUGUGUCCUUGCCCGAACUGAAAAAAGCCUAUGAAAAAGGCAUGCAGACUGCUUCUACAAACAUUACCAUACAAGGGCCAAUUUUAGACAGGCACCUAUCAGCAUGUCUUUGAAGUGUGGUGGGAAACCGGAGAUCCCAGAACAGGGGCGGACUGACAACUCAUGGGGCCCCCGGGCAAUAGGGGAUCAUGGGGCCCCUGUGUCCUUGCCAAAACUCGAAAAAGCCUAUGAAAAAGGUACCAGGGGCAUCUCAUGGGGCCCCCUACUGACCCCGGGCCCUCGGGCAGUGCCCGAGUUUACAAAUGGUCAGUCCGCCCCUGUCCCUGAGAAACCCACACAAGCAAACGGAGAACAAACAAAUUCC